CAAGCUUUCUGUCGACGUGGGAAAGAAUCCACUUGCAAACAGAAACAUUCAUGGGUGUAGGUGGCUUCCGCGAUGAACAUCUGGACAUGCAAAUUGGAGAUAUAUGAACUGAAAUAUGUGGCUAAAACCAGAAGAAGUGCUCCUGAAGAAUGCAUUGAAACUAUGGGUGACGGAAACAUCAAAUGAUUAUUUCGUUUUGCAAAGGAGACGAGGGUAUGGAGAGGGAGGAGGUGGCUUGACAGGCCUCCUGGUGGGGACUCUGGACACGGUCCUGGACUCCACAGCCAAGGUGGCUCCCUUCCGCAUCCUCCAUCAGACGCCGGACUCCCAGGUCUACUGGUCAAUAGCAUGUGGUGCCACAAAAGAAGAGAUCAGCCAGCACUGGGAGUGGCUCCAGCAGAAUGUCAUGAGGACUCUGUCUGUCUUUGACUCCAGUGAAGACAUCACCAGCUUUGUCCAGGGCAAGAUCCGAGGUCUAAUUGCGGAGGAGGGGAAGGCCUCCCUGGUGCUGGAGGACGACCCGGAGAAGUUCCGAGAGGCGUUGCUGAGAUUUGAGAAGUGGUUCGGCCUUCCGGAAAAAGAAAAGUUGGUGACCUACUACUCCUGCAGCUACUGGAGGGGCCGGGUUCCCUGUCAAGGCUGGCUCUACCUCAGCACCAACUUUCUCAGCUUCUACUCCUACCUCCUGGGGGCUGAGGUGAAAUUCAUAAUUUCAUGGGCUGAGAUCUGGAAGCUGGAGAAGACGACCAACGUGAUCCUGGCAGAGAGCAUCCACGUGGUGGCGCACGGCGAAGAUCAUUACUUCUCCAUGUUCAUGCACCUCCACGAGACCUUCCUUCUCAUGGAGCAGCUCGCCGACUACGCCAUCAAGAGGCUGUUUGACAAGGAGACUUUCCAGGGUGACCCUGCUCUCGGAGACCCAUUGCAGAUCACCAAGAGGGGCCUGGAGACGCGGGCGCGGAACGAGCAGUUCAGGGCCUUCUUCCGGCUGCCGCGGGAGGAGAACCUGCUGGAGGUGUACGAGGGCUUCCUGUGGGUGCCCUUCAGCCACUUCAACACGCUGGGCAAGAUCUGCGUCUCCGAGGGCUACCUGUGCUUCGCCAGCCAGGACGGCAGCCAGUGCUACGUCAUCAUCCCCGUCAGAGAGGUAGUCAGCGUUGAGAAACCGGACAGCUCCAGCAGGGCGGUGACCGUGUGUGUCCGUGGAAAGCGAGCGCUGCGCUUUUCUGAGGUCCGGGACUACGAGCGCCUGGCCAAUGGGAUUCGCAGGAGGUGCGGGGCUGUGGCCAGCCCCCAGCAUGUAGCAGGGGGAGAGGUGUCCGGAGAGGCCUGUCAGGCCCUCAUCGAGCACUUUGAGGACAACCCAGAGGAAGUGACCUUGAUGGUGGGACAGAAAAGCAGUGGCCAAGCUGUCAGCACCGAGGCGCUCAUGACUGUCUUCCACCCCCAGGAUGCAGAAAACCUCGACCCUAAAAUGCUGAAGGAGAAGAUGAAGGAACAGUCCUGGAACAUUCACUUUGCGGAAUAUGGACGCGGGACGAGCAUGUUCCGUACCAAGAAGACGCGGGACCUGAUCGUGCGUGGAGUCCCAGAGGCCCUGAGGGGAGAGCUGUGGCUGCUCUUUUCAGGUGCGGUGAACGACAUGGCCACUCACCCGGGUUACUAUUCGGAGCUGGUGGAGCAGUCGCUGGGCACGAGCACCCUGGCCACCGACGAGAUCGAGAGGGACCUGCACCGCUCCCUGCCGGACCACCCGGCCUUCCAGAGCGACACCGGCAUCUCCGCCCUGCGCCGGGUCCUCACCGCCUACGCCUACCGCAACCCCAAGAUCGGCUACUGCCAGGCCAUGAACAUCCUCACUUCCGUCCUGCUGCUCUACGCCAAAGAGGAGGAGGCGUUCUGGCUGCUGGUGGCUGUCUGCGAGAGGAUGCUGCCCGAUUACUUCAACCGCAGGAUUAUAGGUGCCCUGGUGGACCAAGCGGUGUUUGAGGAGCUGAUCCGGGACCAGCUGUCCCAGCUGACGGAGCACAUGACGGACAUGACCUUCUUCUCUUCGGUGUCCCUGUCCUGGUUCCUGACCUUAUUCAUCAGCGUCCUGCCCAUCGAGAGCGCCGUCAACGUGGUGGACUGUUUCUUCUACGACGGGAUCAAAGCCAUCCUGCAGCUGGGCCUGGCUGUGCUCGACUACAACAUGGACCACCUGCUAAGUUGCCGUGAUGAUGCAGAGGCUGUCACAAUCCUCAACAAGUUUUUCGACAGCGUGACCAACAAAGACAGCCCCCUGCCCCCCACCGUGCAGCAGGCCCCCGUGGGGAACAACGACAAGACGUCGCACGCCAAGGUGGACAUCAUCGACCUCAUCCGCGAAGCCUACGAGAAAUACGGGGACAUCCGAUCGGAGGACGUGGAGAGCAUGAGGAGGAGAAACAAACUGUACGUGAUCCAGACUUUAGAGGAUACCACCAAGCAGAAUGUUCUAAGGGUCGUGUCUCAGGAAGUGAAAUUCAGUGCUGCCCAUCUAGAAGACCUUUAUGCGCUGUUUAAGAGGCAGCAUUUUCUCAGCUGCUAUUGGACAAUGAACAGCCCGGUGCUCUUGCACCAUGACCCUAGCCUGGCCUAUCUGGAGCAGUACCAGCUGGGCCAAAGGCAGUUCCGCACACUCUUCUCCCUCCUGGCACCCUGGACCCACUGUGCCAACCAGGACGACCUCUCCCUUUGGGCCUUCCGACUGCUGGAUGAGAACCAGGACGGUUUGGUGAACUUCAAGGAGUUCUGCUGCGGCCUGGAUGUGCUAUCAAGUGGGUCUUUUACAGACAAGCUGAAGUUUAUCUUUAAGUUGCAUCUACCGCCAGCUUUCACAGAGGUAGAGACAGGGAGCCCUGUCCUCUCAGAGGUUCACAGACUGUCCCACUUUAGUCCAUUGAGCGACAGCCUCUCCCACCUCAGUGGACUGACUGUGUCCUCCCUUGAUGUUUCUGAAGAUGGGGUCAUUAGGAAAAGUCCAGAAAGAGGCCGAGGGAAAGUGGAUCUGCAGGCAUACCUGAGGCAGUGGCAGGAUGAGUUACUGAAGAAAGAGGAGAGUAUUAAGGAUUUACCCAGAAUUAACCAGGGUCAGUUCAUUCAGUUUUCAAAGACCCUGUACAACCUGUUUCAUGGCGACGUGGAGGAGGAGUCUCUAUACCGGGCUGUUGCCCGUGUCACCAGCCUCCUGCUUAGGAUGGAAGAGGUGGGCCGCAAGCUGCAGCAGUCUCCCCCGGUGCAGGUUCUGGCGGAUGGGGAGGUCCCCAAGAGGCCCGACAGCUCCGGCGAAACCCUCAUCCCCCCCGGUGAGCCGGAUACCGCGUCCGGCCCGGAGGAAGUGGAGUGGUCCUUCGCCUUCGAGCAGAUCCUGGCCUCGCUCCUCAAUGAGCCAGAUCUGGUGCGCUUCUUUGAGAAGCCCGUGGACAUUCAGGCUAAACUGGAGUAUGCCAAGAGCACUCAGCUGAAGGCUCAAGCAAACCAGUAAAGCUAACUCUCUCUAAACUCCCUUAUUAAAGCCAUAAGGUCUCUACACUUUCAUGCUUUAUGUUUGGCCAUGGAGUGGGUGCAGGAUCAGGCCCCAUUCUCCAAGUGUUCUCCCCCAAACACUUUUCUGAGGGAGGACUGGAUCAAAAGAAAGCAUUCGCAUUGGAACCAUAAGGGAUUGGCUAUUUCUGCUAUUGAUUUCCUGUUGAUACACCAGCCAGUCUGAUAAAGCACUUGCCACCGUUUACUUGACUGAUUUGUGUGUUUGUUUAGCCUUAAGUUUUAAAAGUUAAUCUUGAUAACACCAGCUUUGCAAGUGGAGAUGUCUGAAGUCCAUUGUGACGUUUUUUCUUAAAAUGGCUCUCCUUAAAGCUCACAUAGGGCAUUUCAGGGAAAGGGAUUCUUUAGCAUGGUAGAAUGCUUUGGCAUAUGUUGUGUGUUGACAACAAUUAAAGGGAAUAUAAAUGGAUUUCUCUUCAUAUCCAUCUGAAAAACAGUUGCUAUAUUUGCAAAUUUCUUGCAUGAGAGAUGGGAAGCAGCUAUUUGUUUUAUUAUUAGAAGUGGGAGGAUUGAAAUGUGUGUCAUUUUUGACAGCUGGGUCCUGCCUUACGAACAUUUUGGUUUUUAAAUCUGAAAGCAAAUUGUGGUGUUGGAUAUAAAUGUGCACAGCAUUUGAGAAUGCUGAGUUGCAACAUGUACCUGUUGGCUUUUGAAAAAUCAUUGAUCAAUGUGAUAAUCUGUGCUCUUAAUUAUGCUGAUGACAAAAGUUAGCUCAGAAGGUUGUGGCACAAAAUCACUUUUCAUUCUCUGAAUAAUUUUCUAUAAUGUACACAACAAGGAUUAUUGCAUUCAUUUUCACUUGCAAACAGUGGGACAUUUCUGCUAAUUUAUCAGGAGAGGGCAGUGCUGCUCCGAAGGGAUGCAUUGUUGAUAUUGUCAGACUUGGUCUGUUAGAAACGGUAUCAUAAUUUCUUUUGAUGCUUUGCUGAUUUUUCAUGCAUGAAUGCACAUUUAAGUAAUGUGCUCUUUUUGUGUUCAUAGAGUGUGAACACUUUUUAUUGUAUUGUUUUUUGUAUGAUUUAGUUUAUUUCUAGAGGGGCACAGAGAUUGCUUUAUGAAAUGAAUGCUGUCAUUUUUGUCAGUUCUUUAUAUUGCAGUUUUGACUUAAAUUUGUGCAGUAGAGGUGUGGACAGUUCAAAACACAUUCAAACUGAAAUGAGACUAUAUUUGAGUCUUGUACGUCUCGGAGUAUGCAUUGUUAUAUUUAUGUUGUACUGUAUGUCAGACAAAAUUAAGUAAUCUUGACAUACCUGUAAUGCAUAAAUACAUGAUAUACCAACUGUAAAGACAUUCCUUAUUUUUUUCUGAAAGAAAAUGGCUGGAAAAGCAUGACUCUGUGCAUGUGCAUGAGCAUUGAUAAUUAUAAAUGUGUUAUUCUGAAAGACCACAGUGGGCAGGGCUUGAAUGUUUCACUUUAUUGAAGAUUUAAAGUGGUAUGGAGUUAAAAAAAAUGAAAUGACUUUUAGGAUUUAAAAAAUAUUUUCCCAGAUUUCUUAAAUAAACAGUACGGUGUGCAUUUGAAAGGGAAAUGAUCGGAAUGGUUGUUGGAACACAUGUUGAGAAUUAGACAGUUGGUUAUACACAACAUUUGUUUUCAGAAGUUAAGGACAGUGAUGUGUGUUUAUCAAAGUUUAUUUGAAAAGUGGUGAAACUUUAUUAUGCAGGUGAAUGGUAAUCCACUCAGAAACAACUGCUUGACAGUUGACCUAUAAAUAUGCAUAUGUAUUUUAUUUUAUAUGUCUCACCUAUCAAAAAGAAUGAAAGGUCAGGAAAUACACUAUAUGACCAAGAGUGCCUGGACUUAGUCUGGGGCUGUUUGGGCUGUUAUGGUUUGGGCUAGGCCCCUUAGUUCCAGUGAAGUAGCUCUUAAUGCGACAUUCUAGACGAUACUGUGCUUCCCCAACAGUUUGGGGAAGGCCCUUUCCUGUUACAGCAUGACAAUGCCCCUGGACACACGGCAAGGUCUAUAUAGAAGUUGUUUUGUUGAGAACAGUGUGGAAGAACUUGACUGGCCUGCAUGCAGCCCUGACCUCAACCUCAUCCAACACCUUUGGGAUCAAUUUGGAAAGCCAACCAUGAGCCAGGCCUAAUCGCCCAAUCAGUGUCCGAUUUCACUAAUACUCUUCUGGCUGAAUGGAAGCAAAUCCCUGCAACAAUGCUCCAACAUCUUGUAAAAAUCCCUCUCAGAAGAGUAGAGGUUGUUAUAGCAGCAAUGGACAAACUCCAUAUUAAUGCCCGUAAUUUUGGAUGAGAUGUUGUAUGUCAGGUGUCCAUAUUUUAUGGCCAUGUAGUGUAUUAAGGAAAAUGAUAAUUACAUAUUAUGUGCACCUGACUGUAUGAGUAUUGAAAACGUAAUGGAACUGGAUUCUGAAACCUAGCCUGUUUUUGGGGAAACCAGUCUUACCAAAAAUGUGUAUGUCAACACAUUUACACAUGAUUAUUUUCAAAUGGAGUUAAUGGAUUAUUAAAUAAAAAAAGCUAUUUCUAUGUUACUGUUUUUGCAGUUAAGUUUAAAUUAUAAAAAUGUUAUAAAAUUAUAUUUUUUAAAAUACACAGUUCUUUAAAAUGUUCUACGUACAGUACAUUCUUUAAAAUAUAGUACUCAUUAUUUUAAAAAUCCUUUUGUGAACAAGCAAAUUAAAGGGAUCGUUAACCACAAAGAUCCAUGUUAUUUCAUGCCUCAGAAAUGUAUUUCUAAUCCAACAAUGACAGUGUAUUUUUCAAAUUUGAUUAUUCCAUCAAAAAGGCUCCACAAGGUCUCAUUUAAAAAGUAAAUAAAUAAAUACUAAAUUAAUAAAUAAAAUCUUCAAAUAACAAUAAGAGGUGAGAAUCAUUAUCAACGAUAGUCCUACUAGAACCUACGUUCAGCGCAGUGAUUGAUUACCUAGCAAGCUGUAAACAUAUUGUGUGUCAUUGAAUAAAAGUUCUAGAAAGUUAAGCAAGUUACAAAACCUGCUGUGAUUAUGAUGACUGCUUAUGAUGGCAGUCGUUUUUAUUAUUGACUAAUCACAAAUGUACAACGAUGCUGCUGGAAGCUGUCAUUGUAGGGUCAAAAGACAUCUUGAGAAAAGGGUAUGAAUAACAUUCAUUUUUAGGGUGUGCUAACUAUCUCUGUCUAAAUAAGUUUUGUUUUUGACGUUACUGUAAGGGAUGAUUGUGCCAUUAUUAAGGCGAAAGAUCAUCUCUUCCAACUGUCUGACUUCAAAAAUAACCUAAAAUCUGUGUUUUUAUUUUUGUUGCUUUGUUGGGUUUUUUGCUCUUAUGACUUGACUAAAAAAAUGUGCAAAUUUUAUUUUAUUAAUUUUUAAUUGUGCAAGAAUUAAUGGCAAUAUCAGAACUUUGAUAUUUUUGAUCAUCUUCUGAAAACAGUUGAUAUUUAUUAUAAGUUAACAGACUCCCACACACACAAAAUAUUCAGUGUAUUUGGUUGUUCGGCUAUCAAUAGAGUCCUUACAAGGGUGUUGAUAAAUUCCAGUAUGAGCUAUCAACCACUUUCCCUGGCUUAAUAUAUUUCAUAGAACUAUUUUGUUGUCCAUUAUGAGCUGUUUUUGUUGAACUUUCAGGGAAGAAAAACACCAUUUGCACAUUAUGUUGUACAAAACCAGCCAUGCAGAACUAAUACAGACAAAUCCAACAUCCUGUUUUGGCAAGAAAACAAAGAUAUACAACUGUACCAUAUUAAAGGCUUGUAUUACUGUAUAAUAACCUAUUUACGGAUAUACAUAUAUUCAUUUGCUUCCAGAAUAUUUAGUUUAGCAUUUCAGUAGCCUUUAUUUGCUAUACAUUUUAUUGAGAAACAAAACUGACUAAAGAGGCUUAAAAGAUUUAGCUUUUCAUACUUGUUUUUGUAGGACAGAAAAAAAUGUUUCUUCUCCUGUGGGCAUAGAUUUGUGCUCCUAGCUGCUAGUUGAGUGAAAUAAAACCUAUUUUGGACAAACACAAUUAUUUCAAAUGUUAUGAUGUAGGAAAUAUGUACCUCACAGCACAAGGCAUAAAUGAUAGAUAUUAAUUGUAUGUCUGUUGUUUUUGUGCAAAAAUUAAAGAAUUAUAGACUUGUAUUUAUAAUAUUAGCUAAACAUUUUAGGAGAGAUUGGUAAGUCUUAAAUCAAAUCGUAUUUAGUUUAGAAUUUUAAAUUAAACUUAGAUUGUCUAGGCGUACUUUUUCAAGUUAUAAAAUGUAAGGCACAGGUGAUAACGACACAAAUAUGCUGUUUUACACAAUCCUUCAAUUCAGUUUUUGCCAUAAGGUUGCACAUUAUAGUCACCCAGCUAGAACACAUUGACAGUGACACAGUAUUUAUGUGACAUCUUGUAGUGUCUGUUUAACUCUGAAGUAAAAUAUUUUGCAAAGAUGUGUUCUUAAGACAUUCGAUAUAAACUGUUUGUGCCUAUCACAAGUCACUUUAUGUAAAAUGUCCUUGAUCAAGACAAAAAUGUAUGUAAAAGUGCAACCUGAUAAAUAAACUGCCAUUGAUGUUUUCCA